AUGCAUCUCCUAGCCAUUGCCUCCGUCUCUGCUCUCGUUGCUUUAACCUCUGCUCUCCCCGCUCCUGCGCCCGCUCCCACGUACUAUUCCCCCGGCAGACAGCCGCAGUCAAACCUCAAUGUCCAGCUCGGCCCGCGGCCCUACUAUCUCGUCAAUGACAUGGACGAGGGUCCGCUGAAAGACAAGCUCGUGUCCUGCAAGGAAACCCCAAAGAAGAGCAGCCAAUUCAGCAUCGGGCAUCGUGGAGCGCCCCUCCAGUUUCCCGAGCACAGCAACCAAUCCUACCACGCGGCGGCUCGCACAGGUGCCGGCGUCAUCGAGUGUGACGUGGCAUUCACCUCUGACCGCGAGCUCGUGUGCCGCCACUCGCAGUGUGAUCUGCACUACACGACCAACAUCCUCGCCAUCCCGGAGCUGGCGGCGAAGUGCACUACUCCCUUCACUCCUGCCAAUGGCACCUCCCCGGCAACCGCCAAUUGCUGCACCAGCGACAUCACGCUCGCCGAGUUCAAGACGCUGUGCGCGAAGAUGGAAGCCUUCAACCCCCAGGCUCUGAACGUGAGCCAGUACUUAGGAGGAACGCCCAGCUGGCGGACAGAUCUGUACAACUACCAGUGCGCGACGCUCAUGUCGCACAAAGAGAGCAUCGCGCUCAUCGACUCCUGGGGCCUGGACUUCACGCCCGAGCUCAAGGAGCCAAGCGUCGAGAUGCCGUUCCAGGGCAACUACACCCAAGCCGACUACGCCCAGCAGCUGAUCGACGAGUACAAGGAGGCCGGCAUCGACCCCAGCCGCGUGUGGCCGCAGAGCUUCGUUCCGGAGGACGUCUUCUACUGGAUCGAGAACGAGCCGGACUUCGGGCGGCAGGCUGUCUACCUUGACGAGCGCGUCGACACGGCGGCUGGGUACGUGGAGGCGGUUGCUAGCCUGCCUGAUCUGGCGGCUCGCGGCGUCAAGAUCAUGGCCCCGGCCAUCUUCGCGCUCCUGAACGUUUCGGCGGACGGUACCUCCAUCGUGCCCUCGACCUAUGCGGAUGCGGCUGCGGAGGCCGGUCUGGACAUCAUCACAUGGAGCUUGGAGCGCUCGGGACCCUAUCGCAUGGCGGCGGAGAUGGAGAAUUAUUACUAUGCGUCGGUGGCGCCGGUGAUCAACAACGAUGGCGAUGUGUUCACGGUCGUCGAUGUGCUGGCACAGCAGGUAGGCGUGCUUGGCAUCUUUAGCGAUUGGCCGGCUACGGUGACUUAUUAUGCGAACUGCUUCGGGUUGUGA